AUGGAACUUGGAGCAUCCAGAAGGGGAAGCAAAUUUUCAUCAUAUGAGAGACUUGCUGCAAUAGGCUUGGUGAUUCUAGCUGUUGCGUCUCCUCUAUAUAUAGGCCAGCAAGAAGAGAGUGAAUUGGAAGAUGAGGAACAACAUGUGAACAUUGAUGUCCGGUUGCCUUUACUGCUUUUUCUUUUGAUUUUAGGAAUAGCUUUAUCUGCUUCCAUGGACCGAAGUUUCACCGCCGGGUUCGAUCGUUACUGGAUUCAUAGAGUUUGUGGUUCUUCAGGUGGUAUUUUUGUGAUUCUUACAGUUCUUUUUCUUAUUUUGAAGUGUAAAUCAUCUCUGUAA